AUGGACGAGUAUCACAUCAAACACACGCCCUGGUACCGGGCCUCCACUGAGGCUUUUAGCGCCAAAGCAGCCAAGAGGGACAGGGCCUGCCCAGAAGAUGCGAACACUACCUCCAACCCGGACAUGAUCGUUGCGGCUCGGCUUCGGCCGGUUCUAGAUGAAGAAGUAGCCGCUGGUCUUAUCCGUGGAGUCUUCCCUCGGGCAAGCGGCAAUGGUGCCGUAGACAUCCACCAGAUCCGAAAGCACGUUAAGCCACUGGGGCCUCCGACGCUAAUGACCACUUCAGUCCGCCUUGACAGAGCAUACGGCCCAGAAGACACAUCUGAACAUAUAUACCAAGAUUUGGUCGAGCCAUUAGUUCCUUGGGCAUGGAGUGGCGGCGUAAGUACCAUGUUUGCCUAUGGCCAGACUGGAUCGGGCAAAACCUUCACCGUGAGUGCGAUAGAAAAGCUGGUCGCCCAGUCGCUCAUGAACGGCCGUCUGGAAGGGGAGCGUAAAGUGUACGCGUGCAUAAUCGAGCUGGCUGGCAACUCUUCUUUCGACCUCCUGAACUCUCGCAAGCCAAUCUCAGUCUUGGAGGAUUCUUUCGGUGUCACACAGCUUGCCGGCGCUGUGGAACACGAAAUCACUGAAGCAGCCACCUUGCUCGAGCUCAUAGAAAAGGCAGCGAGCUUCCGUCGAACAGCAUCGACUUUCAAGAAUGAUGCAUCUUCUCGCUCCCACGCCAUUUGUCGCAUCCGCAUCGAGAGCCCCAUGCCAACGGCCGAGGACGGGCUGCUCUAUCUUAUCGACCUGGCAGGCUCGGAGGCCGCCCGCGACGUAGAGAACCACACGGCCGACCGUAUGAAAGAGGCUCGUGAGAUCAAUACGAGUCUUUCGGUACUGAAGGACUGCAUCAGGGGUAGGGCAAUGGUUGACGCGGCUCCUCUGACGGGCAAGACCAAGAAACCAACUUACAUCCCAUUCCGACAGAGUUCACUCACAAAGAUUCUCAAGCACGUCUUUGAUCCCGCAGGAAGACGCAGCUGUAAGACUGUGGUAAUUGCUUGUGUCAAUCCUAGUCUUCCAGACGCUGGCGCCGGCAAGAAUACUCUCAAGUAUGCCGAGAUGUUGCGGGUGUUACUACCCAAAGCCAAGCCUCAGUCUUAUGACCCCGAGACCCCUGCAACCUGGGACAAUGAACAGUUGAAGAGUUGGGUCAACACCAACUCUGGAAACCCGGCCAUAUCUAGCAAUAUCCUCGCGCCCUCCGAGACAGGAUCGCUCCUCCUCCGCCUCCCUACGCCCGAGUUCCUUAGCCGCUGCUUACAGACACCGGGAGUUGAUGCAGAUCAAGCUCGUGCAUUCCAAGCCAAAUUCUGGCGCUUGCACAUUGACUCGCAAAAAUCCCGCACAAAGAAUUCGGAUACUAUGAGCGAGACAGAUUUUGCCGAGGGGAAGGGCCGGAAGACAGCCAUGAACCAGGAGAUGCUAUCUUCUAGCGUAGACCCAGACUCAAAGGCAGUGGACGUCCCUUUCAAAGAUCGCAUCCGUCCCGGUAUGGUUGUGCGUUGGUCACCACCUUCGACCUUUCCGCUGGGGCUUCCUGGGCUGAACAUGGUCGUUGUCCUGUGCCCUCAUUCGGCUGUCGGAUCAAAUGUCAGGGACCUCAGUGGUAACUUCGUCAACGAAUCGGGAGUCAUCUCAACGCAAGGAACCAAGUACCUCUGCGCCAUUGUCCUCCCCGGUUUCAUGGCUGACUCGUAUGAAUUGAGUAUGUGGCGACAUAUUGUUGUAGACGUGGAUCAGAUGGAAGCGGAGGUGCUCCUAGAAUACGAUUCGGGAACGAGAUACUACUACAUUACCCUAUAA